UUCCCUGCCUCUGCAGCCUUCCUCUGCUGAUCUCCUUCCAUGGUGACUGACCACCGCCGACCCAGCCCAGGUGCCAGACCGCGGGAGGAGCAGCGCUCUGACCCCAAUGGCCUCUCCCAGGACAGUCACCAUCGUGGCCCUCUCGGUAGCCCUGGGGCUCUUCUUUGUCUUCAUGGGGACCAUCAAACUGACCCCUCGGCUCAGCAAAGAUGCUUACAAUGAAAUGAAACGAGCCUACAAGAGCUACGUCCGCGCACUGCCCAUGCUGAAGAAGAUGGGGGUCAACUCCAUCAUGCUGCGCAAGAGCAUCGGCACCCUGGAGGUGGCCAGUGGCAUCGUCAUGACGCUGGUCCCUGGGCGCCCCAAGGACGUGGCCAACUUUGUGCUGCUGCUGCUGGUCCUGGCUGUGCUCUUCUUCCACCAGCUGGUGGGCGACCCACUGAAACGCUAUGCCCACGCCCUGGUCUUUGGGAUCCUCCUGACCUGCCGCCUGCUGAUCGCCCGUCAGCCGGAGGAGCCACUGCCCGAGAAGAGGACCCUGUCGGUGAAUGGCGAGGAGCAGCCACUUCUUGCAGAGGAGGCUCCGGAGAAGGGCAAGAUCAAGGUGUCCUAGUGAGGGGCCUAUGAGGGACACGGACCCUCCCAGCAGCUCUCUCUCUCUCUCUCUUUCCCAAACACCUACUUAAAGAUCGGAGUUUCUUUUUCUUUUGGUUUUUGUCAAGGGUUGCAAAUUGG